AAUAGGCACCACAACCCUCCAAUAGCCCGUUACCCACGCCAGCCCACCCGUUGGCUUUCCUUCUCCUUCUCCCCACUUUCCUCGUUCCGUCGUUCGGCACUCGGUCACACUCCCACGCUUCCACCCCACCAAGCCUUCAGCCUUGUUCCCGACAGCUUAAUGUAGUUUGAUAUCCUGCAAGAGAGCUAAAAAGGUUGAACUUGGUCGAGGAGUUUCGUAUUUGUUUCGUUUGAGCAGGACUGCCUCAGAAUGACGGUUGUGAAGCGGUACGUGCUGCGAAUGUUCAUAUCAUUGAAGUACAUUACAGCAAACGUAGUGGACAGAAAUAAUGGCAGGAUUGUUGUAUCAGCAUCUACAGUUGAACAUUCAAUCAAGGGCUCACUCGAAUGUGGAAGGUCUUGCAACGCAAAGGCGGCGGCAGUUGUUGGAGAGGUGUUGGCUAGGAGACUCAAGGUGGAAGGUCUUGAUGAGGGACAGGGACGAGGGAUUCACGUCAAUGUAAAUAACGAAGUCGAGAAGAAGGGUUUCAGGAACCGCACCAAGAUUUGGGCUAUUGUCAAUGCUCUUAAGAACAAUGGAGUCAAACUCGUUCUUGAUGAUAACGAUGAAAAUACUUCUCGGUGGAGUUAGUAUUGAGAGCUCUCUUGUUUCAUUCCUUCUAUGUGUCCAUGUGCUGAAUAUACGUGUGAUUGUUAGUAGCGACAUGGACGGAUUUACGCUCAUUGUACAGAAUCCGCAAUUACCGGAAUGUGUAUGUUUUGUUUUCUACAGUGCAGCGUAGCUAUGAUUAGGACAGGGGGAGUGACGGAGCUCCUUGAAAGACUAAUGUCACAAAUUGCUGUCACUUUUCAUGUUUUCUAAUUGAUUUUUCAUGCUUAAAAUUAUCGAAUCUUUAUUCGUUUGAA